UCACGGGAGAUGUAGUCUGGACUCACCGCGCGCAGAUUACGACGUGGAACGUUCGUGUCAGAGGGCGUGACCCGAACGUCAUGACGUAAUACGUUCUUGUUGUUGGCGGGAUAUUCGGAUAGAAACCAGGAAACUGGAAACAAACCCGACAGACAGACAGACAGACAGAGAGCGAGAGGCCGAGAACGCAUUAUUGUGAAGUGUACCUACAAUGGCCAUGCAAAUGCAGUAUGAAGCUGGGGCAACCGAGGAGGAGAACUUUGGGCCCCAAGCCAUAUCCCGUCUGGAGCAAUGUGGAAUAAACGCUAAUGAUGUCAAGAAACUGGAGGAGGCUGGAUUUCAUACGGUUGAGGCAGUCGCAUACGCACCAAAGAAGGAAUUGCUUAAUAUAAAAGGAAUCAGUGAAGCGAAAGCUGAUAAAAUAUUGGCAGAAGCUGCUAAACUGGUUCCAAUGGGCUUUACUACAGCAACAGAGUUUCACCAGCGACGGUCCGAAAUCAUACAGAUAACAACCGGUUCCAAAGAGCUGGACAAACUCUUGCAAGGUGGUAUUGAAACGGGGUCUAUAACGGAGAUGUUUGGAGAGUUCCGUACCGGCAAGACACAGCUGUGUCACACUCUAGCAGUUACAUGUCAGCUCCCCAUUGACCGAGGCGGUGGUGAAGGAAAAGCCAUGUACAUCGAUACCGAAGGCACGUUUCGCCCAGAACGUCUUCUUGCAGUCGCUGAAAGGUAUGGCUUAUCUGGUAGUGAUGUUCUAGACAAUGUAGCAUACGCUCGAGCCUUCAACACGGACCAUCAGACCCAACUUCUGUACCAGGCGUCAGCCAUGAUGGCGGAGUCAAGGUACGCACUUCUCAUCGUGGACAGUGCAACAGCGCUUUACAGGACAGAUUACUCUGGAAGAGGGGAACUCUCCGCGCGACAGAUGCACUUGGCUCGCUUUUUGCGUAUGUUGCUGCGGCUCGCAGAUGAGUUCGGUGUAGCGGUUGUGAUCACAAACCAGGUGGUGGCGCAAGUAGAUGGAGCGGCCAUGUUUGCUGCUGAUCCCAAGAAACCGAUUGGAGGAAAUAUCAUCGCUCAUGCAUCCACUACAAGGUUGUACUUAAGAAAGGGACGGGGUGAAACCCGAAUCUGUAAAAUCUAUGACUCUCCUUGCCUUCCGGAGGCGGAGGCUAUGUUCGCUAUAAAUGCAGAUGGAGUUGGAGAUGCCAAAGACUGAACGUGAUCUAUUUGUUCUCACGUGAAAUGCUGCGGUAAAGACUACUGAAUUGUUCCUCUCGGGGGUGACAAACUCCCAUGCUGGAGCUGUGGAGGCUCUGUCACUUUAUAGACAGCAUGCGGAUACUGAAGCUGGAGUUCCUUCAGAUUGCCAGUAAUGGAAACAUGAAGACUAGUUAUAACACCGUUAAGGCUGUGAACCAGGAUUUAAACCCGGUUUCUCCCACUGCAAGCAAUACAUGUUCCUGUGAAAGAAUUUCUACAGCUGAUCCUCCCUCCCUCCCCUUCCACAAGGGGUAGCUAAAAAAUAUUUUAUUAAAUUUAUCUUUAAUGCUAAAUACACAAACGUUCAUGUAUUUUGUAGAUUUAAUUUUUUUUGUUUACCAACUGACAGCAGCAGAAUAAAUAGUUGUUGUCUUUCUGAUAUCUUCGCCUAAAACAUUUUUGCCCUUUUUCUGUCCGGGAGUGGGUACGAUAAAGAUUCUUCUAACCUCAAAGCUUUAGUUUCCUGCCUGUGAAUACAGGAAUACACGUGUGGCUGGUUUCCCAGCUUUAAAGGCCCGUGCUGACUGCUCACUCAGGAAUUGGGAAAUGACAGCAUUACCUCCCUAGUCAGCCUCAAAACAAGUAUCCAAGUACAUGGAAGGAAGACUGCUGCAGGCUACAAACGCCGGCCCCUUACUCAUCGGAUAACUCGUAGAAUUCCCAUUUCAUCCAAAUUUAGUUGACACUAAUUAGCGGAGUGUCAGUUGUAGUGGUUAUGGUGCUUAGAGUUCCCUUUACGUGAAUGCUGUUAACAGUUGUGAGAACUUGAACUUCUGAGAAACGGCGUGACGGGGAGACCCAGCCUAUAUAAUGCUGUGUGUGUCGUACAUUUCACACCCUGCUAGUCCGUGUUAAAUGAUUUAUUUUGCUCUAUAACAGGCUGUUAUGGUUUUCAUUU